CCGUCUUCGCGCGACUUUCCGUUCCCUUGCUACAUUCCGAGGAGCGCCUGGGCGCUGGGGCAUGGACUGGCGGGCAGGUGGCCUUCCUGCCGUUUCUGCGCUGCGGGCGGCGUCCAUUUCGCUUGCAAGCUUCGUUGCGUUCGCACGCCUUUUUCUGGCUCCCGUUGUCUCGCGUUCCGUCGUUGCUCUGGUGCCCUGGACUGUUGUGAAUGUGUUUUUAUGCCCUACUAGUGUUGCCUGGGGGUGCUUUUAUGUGUGCACCCUGGAAGAUAGGUCCAGAAGCCUUGCGAUUUCUUAUAUUAAAGCUAAGUGUACUCGUGACCCUACCAGCACUUUUCAAGAUACUUUCGACAUAUUCAUUGCCGUGAACAACGCGGUUGGGACAGCACACUCACGACGUGGGAAGGUCACAGAAAUGUUGAAAGACAUCAGAUUGGGCAUACGCUUCACCCGUGCAACUUCGUCAUGUGCUCCACGGCUUUACGGCUGUGCCACUGUAUGUAAAAAAUGCUGAGUGAUUUUAAUAAAGAAUUUGCAGGGAAGUACAAUGUGUCGCACCUUGUUGACUCUUUUACAGAUGUGUGGAAACGUCGUAGCGAAUGAAUGUGAAUUAUGGAUCUCCAAGUGGCGUUGCCCGCGUCAUUUUCAAGAUUUUACCCGUUUUGAAGGUACGUAGUGAAUGUGCGAGGCAUUCACGUUCCUACUACGUGGUUAUCCAUGCGUUUCCCGUCUUCGCAGGCAAUAGGGCUGUUGAUAGGGAGAAUGCUAGGCUACUGCAGACUGCAACCAUAGGCGCUGUGUCUAAAGGUAUGCGUAUACGUCGAUGCGUACUUCACAGUGACAUUUUGCUGUAGCAGUGUUUUUGAAAUUACAUUUCUUGCAGGUUAAGCUCACAUGACGCGGCAGGGAAGGGAGUCCGUGGCGAAAAGUGAAUAUAGCCGAAGUUGGAUAGCGUUAAUUUUUGCGCACGAAAGGCAAGCUGGACACAUCGCAAAUCUCCAGUUGUACGAAACACAGUGCAGCAUGGUCGUCGGUUAUGCCAGUGCUUCAACAUAUGUUUCAGCGUCGCACUUCGGACAUUGCGGGCAUAUACCUUUAAGUUUUUCCCCUUGUGGACCGAUGCUGUGUGUGUUCAUGGACAUCAUGUUUUCAAAGACAUGUAAGUUCUCAAUAAUAACGCGAAAAAAAUGCUGGUCAUGUUACGCUGUGGUAUAAUACCUGGUGAGGUAAUACGAUGCUAUGACGCUCAGUUUCAUACGAAAUAAAGUGUUUGAUCUAAUGUUGCUUGUUUGUGCCACUGAUACGCACUGCUGUGCGGUGUUGAUGUAAUGUUCAGAGAACGCCAGUAAGCCUG